CACGUGACUCUUCCACCAGCGACUCUUUCCAGUGUGGCUCGUCGCUCUCGUCGCGUCGCGGCUUGCGCUGAAAGAUGGCCGCGGUGGAGCAGCGCCCGCCAGUGCGGGAGGGGAUUCGGAUCGGGGUGCUGUGCCUGUGCUGGUACACCGUCAGCUCUGGAGGCAACGUGGUCAAUAAAAUCAUCCUCAACGGCUUCCCCUAUCCGGUCACAGUCUCUCUCUUUCAUAUAGUCUCCAUCAUCGUGUUUCUCCCGCCGCUGCUGCGAGCCUGGGGCGUCCCGCGAGCGGAGCUACCGGCCCGUUACUACCGCUGGUUCAUUCUGCCGCUCGCCUUCGGGAAAUACUUCGCCUCCGUCUCGGCCCAUUUCAGCAUAUGGAAGGUCCCGGUGUCGUACGCGCACACUGUGAAGGCCACCAUGCCCAUCUGGGUGGUUCUGCUGUCACGGAUUAUCAUGAGAGAGAAGCAAACCACAAAGGUCUAUGUGUCUCUUAUACCCAUCAUUGGAGGUGUUCUGUUGGCCACCGUCACUGAAUUGUCCUUUGACGUCUCUGGAUUGAUCAGCGCUCUGGCAGCAACGCUCUGCUUCUCUUUACAGAACAUAUUCUCGAAAAAGGUCUUGCGUGACACAAGGAUUCAUCACCUCCAAUUACUGAACAUCCUGGGCUUCAAUGCACUUUUGUUUAUGCUGCCCACAUGGAUUUUAGUGGACUUCUCAACCUUCCUGAUGGAUGGAGACCUGACAGAGGUUUCCAACUGGACAGGAACAAUUGUGCUGCUCCUCAUUAGUGGUUUCUGCAACUUUGCACAAAACAUGAUAGCUUUCAGUGUGCUGAACCUGGUCAGCCCACUCAGUUACGCUGUAGCCAACGCAACAAAGAGGAUCAUGGUCAUCAGUAUAUCCCUACUGAUGCUGAGGAACCCCGUCAACACCUCCAACAUUAUCGGCAUGAUGACAGCAAUACUAGGCGUCUUCCUCUAUAAUAAGGCGAAAUAUGAUUCUAACCAGGAGGCCAAAAAGAAACUGCUGCCAGUUUCAGCACAGGACAUGGUUUCAUUCGACAAGCCCCAGUCCAACGGCUCCGGGCCCUUCGCUCACAGCUCAGACUUUCAGCACACUCGCAGCACAGUGCUCACCGACCACUUUGAGUACAGCAGACAGGCCUACUCGACAAAUUACAGCUCCAAGCAGUAUGUUGUGUGAGUCGAGAACUGUGGAGGGCUCUAAAGACUGGUCUCAGACCCCUGUGCUUCAGAGAAGAUGGCUGUAUGUUUCAUACGGACGAGGGAGUGGCAGAAUGACUGGAAAAAGAAUGUUGACUCACAAAAUCCUACUGCUUUUUUUCCACAGGCCUGUUAUUUAUUUCAUUACAAACCCAUUUCGUUUAUGAGGAAUAUCUCAGUGGUAUGUGCUGGGAUAUUUUUGGUAGGGUUUUUUUUAUUUUUGCACAGGAUGCAUUUCAAUGCAGUUCAGAAUGUAAUGUGUCUUCGACGUCAUCAUGCUACUGCGAGUGAGAGACUGACAAACAGCGAGACCUCUGCCAUAUAACACACACUGGGUCACUGCAAAUACAGAUGCAUCAGGGUGUUAGACAAUGUUCUGGUUUCGCCGUUAAUUUGUAAAUAUUUUAUUUAUUUUUAUAGAGGAAGGUGUAGUGGUUGACCAUAUCAUGAACUGAAAACACCCCAUUGGUUUUUUGAAUGUCUAAUAUCUGUGAAGGAAUGCUUUUUUUAAUUCUGGGGGUGUUAAAUUAGACAGAGGUCACUGUACAAAAUCACAUGAAUCAUGGUUCAUAUGCAUGAUUAUCAAUUUUUUGUAUUGUUUUAUUUUUACUGUGCAGCCGGGAAUUACCAUACAAUGGCCAUAACUUAUAGGCCAGUUUCAUUAGUAUUAAAUGUCUGGGAAGGGGAAAUAGGGGAUUCAUAAAGCAAUUUAUUUAUUUAAAAAAAAAAAUUUCAAGAAAAAUUGACAUUCUGUACAUUUAAAUUUGUCUCAGUUCCUCAAACUGAAGUUUAAUAAAACGUUUGAGGACAUCGUUUCAAACUGUUGAUUCUUUGACACUGAACUCUAUGAACUCAGUAUUCCUUUCAAUCAUGACAGAUUGAGGUGUUUCAAGCACUUUUGGACUCAUUUUCUGGAUAAAUAUGGUAAAUCUUGAAAAAUGGUGCAACUUAGCCAAAACAAGGUUGUGGAAAGAGUUUGCGGCUGGAGAUUUCUUGUGGGCCUACUUUUAGAUGUUAUUGCCCAGUUAUCAUCUUCGUUCCCAAAUUUAUGCCAGUUUUAGCUAAAUGUGUCCGGUCAGGGAUUAGUUUAAUAUUUGUAAGCUAGCUUUUUCCCCUUUAUUUUAGUUUUUUUAAGUGUCUUGCUGCUGGAAAGUUAAGACACCGUAUUUUUUUUUGCAAAAAGCAUGCUUCUGCGAUGAGAAAAGAACUUGGAGUUCUUUGAAGAAUUUUAAAUAGCAUCAUGACAUUAUUCCCGUGUAUUUUGAAGGACUCUGUCUUUAUAUUGUGAAUUGAUUUAAUCAUUUCAUGCAGAUGAAGUGGUUCAUUAACUGAUAUUGUUACCUGAGCAGCCAAAAAGGACGGCUGUGUGUGUGCUCUCUUCCUUCUGCCUGUUUUUCAUCGGAUGAAGCCUAUUGCUCUUACUUUGUGACAUCACUAAUGUGCAAAUUCACUUCUCAGUGCCGAUUUCUUCUCUUCUCCCAAAUUCUUACUGCUUUUAGGAGACUGGUUGUGAUCUGUACAAGAAACGCUGGGCUGAUGCAGCGUAUUCAUUAACAAGACGUUGUGUGUAAGCAAUGGAAUCCCAAUUUUUUCUCAAAAUGAGAUUUUAAGGGAUUCACGAAAGUCUUUCAGAUUUUUGUGUUGUUCUUUUACACAGUAAAUAAUUGUAAACUGAGCUUGAACCCUGAACUCAACUCAACAGUACCGAUAUUUCAGCUAUUUUACCUUUUCAUUCAGAAUAUCAUGCACUACUGUAGUACUGUAGUGAGACUGACACUAAUCUGAGAGUCAUGUUAAGUACUUUUAAUUGUUUUGUUUUUUUUCCUUUGUUUUUCUAUGGUGUGGAAAUGCAUUGUCACACUCUCUGUGUUGAGAUUGUGUUUAUAUAUUAUUUAGUUUUUAAGAUGCCUUGGUACGGUUAAUGUUAAUGUAAUAUUUUUUUCCCGGUCAACUUAAAGGUUAUAAGAUGACUUAUUUUUAAAUGUGAAAAUAAACAAGAUUCAUUGAUAAA